AUGAUUCCUCACAAUCCAAACCACCUCCACCCUCUGAUUCCACCACUCAUCACAACCCGAACCGCCACCAAUCCAUCAAUUCCCAAAUCACUGCCACCGUCCCAUUCCGCCAUCAAUUGUCCUCGACUUGAUUCACUGAGGUUUGAUAUCAACAAAGAAGACAGUUUGAACAACAGAUUUAAAGAAAUUACAGAUUUGGAGACUGAUGUUGUCUUUUCUAUUGACGAUGAUGUCAUAUUUCCUUGCUCUUCGGUUGAAUUUGCAUUUGAUGUUUGGCAAAGUGCGCCAGAUGCAAUGGUGGGGUUUGUACCUCGUGUACAUUGGGUGGAUUCAUUGACAACAAGUUUAGAUAUGGUGGAUGGUGGUUUGUGUGGUGGACGGGUACAUAUAGCAUGGUGCUCUCCAAGGCAGCAUUCUUUCACAAAAAGUAUUUCAGUCUCUACACAAAUGAGAUGCCAUCAUCGAUUUGAGAAUAUGAAUUGUGAAGAUAUUGCAAUGUCUUUUCUUGUCGCAAAUGCAAUUGGUGCACCCCCUUUAUGGGUUAAAGGCAAAAUAUAUGAGAUUGGAUUGACAGGAAUUAAUAGUUUGGGAGGUCAUAGUAUACGAAGAUCAGAGUGUGUCAACAUAUUUACCGCCGAGUUUGGGCGGAUGCCCUUGGAUACAUCACUUCCACUAGGAAAAAACAUCCUCUUGGAGAGUGCAGUCUACUACUAG